AUGUUUGCAAUACACACCGAGUAUAAAAACACAUUAGGUGGAAUCAUGAUCGAGACUUCCGUCCGCAAACUCUUUCCUGACAUCAAGUAUUGCUGGAUCGACACCAUUUGCAUUGAUCAAAAUGAUGAAGAAGAUAAGAAACGCCAAAUACCUCUAAUGGGUGACAUAUAUGGGAAUGCGGAAGUGGUGGUGAUUGUCACAACUUGUGAUUUUCCAAAUUGGAUGACACAAGAUUACUUGGAUCAACUCACCAAGGAUCUAGAUGAAGCCAUCGCAAUAUCUAUGGAGGAAGAGUACACAGAAUCCAUGUCGGAGUACUGGGCCUAUGGUGAUGGGCGACAGAAGAUCAUCGAUGGAAUGGAUUGUCUCGAAUUAUUCACGAGAACUCGGUGGGCAGAUCGAAUUUGGACACUACAGGAGUAUAUUCUUGCUCAGCAGAUUGUGUGGCUCGGCAAAGAAAGUGUAUGUCUCCGAAUAGACGAUGUACUUUUCAAUGCAUUGCCGGACCUAUGUGAUGUCUUCGACAUCAGGGAAGCAACAGGUGGGAAAUAUGCUAAAAUUUAUGAAUUUUACACAGGGAUGGUGAAUGCUGGAGCCGGCAAAAUCGAUCGAACUCGUGUUAUGGAACUGUUGGGAAAUCGUACCGCUUCCUUUCCCGACGAUGAGGUUUAUGGUGCAAUGGCAGCCUCCGGAGUAGUCAUACAACCAGGAAUCGUCUUUGGCCAGGAUAAUGUCUGGGCUCUUUGGUGGGAAGAGGCAAUACGUCAAGAACAUCAUCGCUGGGUGUUUCUUCCCCCUGUUCUGUCUGAAUCUAGAAGUAAGAAUUGUUUAAUGCCGACUUUCAAGACACGCCACAAGGCUUCACAGUAUUCGGGGCUAGAUACAAUAAAUAUCAAAAGUGGCCAAGUCACCAUUCAGAACGGAAGCAUAAAUAUAUCCGGUCGCUGGGCUGGUUCCUGUCACAUAGUAAGGCGCUUAGGUAAGGUUUGUCGAGAUGAAAAUGGUGGUCUUCUUCGAGAUAUAACAAUAAUUCUGUUCGCAAACGGUAAUUGGCAAUUAGCUUCACGGCUUGUGGCAGCAUUUGGUGGGGGGAGAUACACUUGGAAGCAGCGUCUUGCCAUUGCACAGAUUUUGAAAGCAAACUACUAUCACGCUACAAGAGCCGUUGAUUCUCGAAAAGAGCACAAGAUGAUUCUGCGAAAGCAGAGCAAUUAUCAAAGAACAGUCUGGGCUGACUUUAUGAGACUCAUGAUGAGUCAGACGGUUCCGAUGAAUGAAGGAAUAGCUUAUCUUGCUUGUAUUAAGAAUGAAUUGAAGUCAACGGACAUCAUCGUAGUGAGUGACGAUAACCAACCGCUUGAUUCGCUUCAUGCUCUUGAUUUUGGAAUACAAGAUGUCAGCAAAAGAACUCCUUUUAUGAUUGUUUCUGCACCAGCUUCUUCUCUGACUCUUGAACAUGAAAAUCAAAUUGAGGCUCUUCACAAGAUUGGAAUGUCUAUUCCGACGAUGGUUUUCAAGACAUUACGUAAAGCUUGCGCUUACAAGGGUCAUAUAAUCGACGGCGAUUUACAAAAAUUCAAUAUUGGCGGGAAGGCAUGCUGGUUUUGUUCAAAGGCAUAUUAA